UCAUCAGGUACAAUUUUAGGACCCUUCUCCCUUUAAAUCCCAAACAAUGUUGCGCAGCUCGAAAGUGACCCGAUUGCUGGCCAAGAUCAGUGUUCGCCACUUCGCCGAUGACAUAAACAGCAGCGUGCGAGCGUCCUUCGUCAAGGGAGACACGCGACUUGAUCCCGUCCACGUGCUGCCCAAAUCCAAGUACGGGGGAAUCAACACGGUCUCCCUGCUCACGGGCAGCACGAUGAUUGGCCAGCAGGGAGCCCACUUUGUGACCUCGCUGCUCCAGAGCAGCCGGGUGCCCGUGGAGGUGCAGAUAAUCGAGGCGGGCCAGGACGAUGAGUACUUCAACUCGGUGCUGCGGAACAGGACCGCCGUUCAUGUGGACAACCAGGCCGACUCGGAGGCCAAGCAGAAGGCUCUAAAGAUCUGCAACGACCUGGACUUGUAUGUGCUGAAGACCCGGACGCGCAGCUUUCCCGGCUUCAAGUGCCGCUUUCCGGGCGUCGACAUCCAGAUGAUUGGCCAGAACAACAUGGGCAUCUACAACGAGCUGGAGUAUUCGCCCGUCAAGGGUGUGGUGGAGGCCCUGUCCGUCGUCAACCAGCAGAGCAACGAGAAGUACCUGCAGUACGCCUUUAAGGCGGCCGUCAAGGCGGGCAGAAAGCGGGUCGCUCUGAUCAACAAGGCCAAGGAGUGGCCCAUUAGCGAUGGCAACAUGGUGGAGGCCGCCAAGCGGAUGCACUGCCACUACAAGGACUGCCUGGAGCUGGAGUUCAUGGAGGUGGAGGAGGCCAUCAGCCGGCUGAUCACGAAUCCCACCUACUUCGAUUGCCUCUUCGCCAGCGAUCGCUAUGCCACCUUCCUGUCCGCCAUCUGCAGCGGAGUUUGUGGCGGAUCCAAUUUGUUUAGUGCCGUAGAGAUUGGCGAUCACCACGCCGUUUUCAAGCCCCUGCAGACGAAGCUCUCGCUGACCAACUACUCGAUCCUCAGUGCCUACGGCAUUGUGUCCACCAUUGUGGAUCUCUUCGAGCACUUGGGCCACAAGAAGUGUGCCGACUCCCUGUGGGGUGAGAUGCUGCGCACCAUGGACGAGGGAAUCCGCACCAAGGAGUUCGGGGGCAAGGACAGCGGCGAGUACGUCAUCUGCAACAUAAUCAACAGUCUGCGGUGCCGUGCGUUGGGGGAAAAGUGAUAUAUGUACAGAGGAGGGCUUGAAAUUUUAAAUAAAUUACGAAGGAUUGCAGAAAUCCUUAAAUAAUA